AUGUCCUCAUCAGGUUUAGAGCUGAAGCCGGGGCCGUCCACUGCGAGAUAUCGUAGUCCUGUUUCGGAAGGGACUCGGAAUUCGUCAAUAGAUCGGACGGAAUUGGAGCUGCUCCUCAUGAAUGAGGUCCGUGCGGCAGUUGAGACCAGUGACGAUGAGACUCUGGAAGAAAAGGUUCUGGAAAAGCUGGACGUCUUCCUGAAGAGUCUGGAAGCUAAACUCGACAGGUUCGAGAAUUAUUUCGUGAGAAAUCCCAAGUUGCCUGACAACCGUGGAAACAUCGAAGACCUUUACAAGGGCUUAUUGUCCGUUAAAAGCUCACUACUCAAAGUGUCGAAUCUGGAGAGUCUUUCAAGCGUAUUUGACGAUUAUUAUGGAAGUCUGCUUCCGUCCGGAUUGAACACCCAAAAUAUCCACGAGAAGGCUCUGAUGGGACUGCAUUACCUGGAUGCCAAAAUGGACCAAGUGGAAAAAAGCCUCAACAUAGGUCCAAGUCCAGCAGAGAAGCUGACCGGGCUCAAGACCAAAAUUUACAACUACGAGACUGCUGUGCGUGUGGGGGCUGAGCGACUGCUGCACUGCUAUGAACUUCCAUUCCAAUGGAGAGAAAACAAGUUCAUCAUCUAUGGUUACAGGUUCAACCACAAACAUGUCCAUGCCGCAAAAUCGUUCUGUGGACUUCACAAUGAGACGACAAACAUCUGGACUCACGUGCUGGGCGCGAUUUUGGUGGGAUAUCUUGCAUUGGUACACUUUCCUUCGACAACGGUCUAUGCCAGGAGCACCACUCUUGAUCUGUGCAUUGUCUACCUGUUUUUCGGUGCUGCCAUCAAGUGUCUUCUUUCGUCAAUCAUAUGGCAUACCUUUAAUGGUAUUGCCAAUCUGGACCAGAGGCUGAGAUUUGCGUGCGUUGACUAUGCUGGAAUUACGGUGUUAAUCACCGCUUCUGUCAUCACCACAGAACACUUGGCUCUGUACUACCAUGUCAUUCCCAGAACCAUCUUCAUCACCUUCUCCAGUCUUGCAGGUGUGUUUGGCGUUUGGUUCACGUGGUCUCCAUACUUUGACAAGCCUGAGUGUCGUACGCUACGGAUCCUUUUUUUCGUUUCGUUGGCAGGUCUGGGGUUUGCUUCGUUUGGAUUCCUUUGCUACUUCAAGGGCGUGGGACAUGCUACCCAUUUCUACUCGCCAAUACUGAAAAGUUUGGUUUGGUACGCAGUUGGUGUUUUGUUCUACGGUCUUCUCAUUCCAGAGAGAUGGAGAUCGGACGUAGAGAUUGAACAAUUCGAGAUCAACGAAGAGACUGUGAAGCAAUUGGAAGAAGCCGGCACCCUUGAUGACUACUUCAAGAAAAGUCCUAAGCACACCGAACAUAGUUCAAAGUUUUUAUCCCUUUGGUGGGUUGAUUAUAUUCUGGCAUCGCACAAUAUCUGGCAUCUAUUCGUCCUGGGCGGGAUAUUAGGCCAUUAUGCUGCAGUCUUAGACAUGUCUGCGACUGUGGCCAUGAACGAAUGA